AUGGAAGUUACAAAAAAUGAAAGGGAGAUGGAGGCUCGUAGCAAAGGAUUCGGAAUGUACCUGAGACUUAAAAAGAUGCCACAGGGUGUCAUUAUUGAAGACGACAUACAUACAUAUUUUGCAAAGAAAUUAAAUAGCGAGGGAGAAGUAGUAGAUACAUUACUUGGAAUCAUAGAGAUACUAAGAAUAAGUGCACCCAAGUGCUUUCUAAGCAAGGACGAAAUGAACAGAUUCUUUGGAUUGCUGAUAAAAAUUCUUCCUAGUGAAAAGAUAAACUUAGAGAAUUUCAUUGAAUACAGGAUGUCAAGUCUACUCACAGACAAAGGAUUGAUUAUGAAGCUUGUUAGGUUAAUAGGAUGUGUUUCUGGGGCAGCAAAGCAAUACUUGAAGGAGAUGAUUAUUGUGUUAAUAGAGGAAAAGCCUGAAAGCAUAGUGAAGGAAAUAAUCAAAAUACUUCUUGGACAUAUUGCGAGAGAUGAAAGCAUAAAUAGUGUGAUUGAAGCUACCAAAGAAGCAUCGAUGCCUAUUGUUGAAAUAUUGAUGGAAGGAUUUGAUGAUAAGAAAUAUGUUGAUAUAUAUUCGAGUCUUACAUUGAAUAAAAGCCUGUGUAUAAGAAAUAUAAGAGGAUGCAACAAAGUUAAGUACUUGAAGUCUGCAGUGUGUGGGCAGAAUUUUGAAAAGCUGUUUAGUAUUUAUGGAGCAGAUAGAAGUAAAGAGGUAAUUAUGCUACUUGCUGAUAACUGUAGUUAUAUCAAUAGAGAUGCAUUUAAUAGAAUGAUAAACAAUAAUGAUGAGAAUGUAAGAAUCAAACUGUUGGAAAAGAUAACGUUUGAUGAUAUUGCUUUGAAUGGCUUGGAGAUGCAUGAGCGAGUACUUGAUUUGAGUGACUGUGUUAGAAGCCGAGUUUUUGAGGUAUUUAACGAAGGAGUUUGUAAAUACAAAGAGUGUUUGAUAAAUUCUAUUUGUGAUUGUAAGCGAAAGCCUGAGUUAGAAGAUAUUGAUGGAAAUUCAAAAUGUUUAUUAAGAUUUGUAGAGUUUAUAUUGAAAGGAAUGUUCACGGGAAGAAAGCAGGAAUAUGUUAAUGUAAUGAUCAGAGCAGAACUGCCAUGGAAGGUUUAUUUCCAAUUGUGUGCCUUCAAGGGAUUGCAUGAAUUUCUUGAGUUAUCAAAUGGAAAACUUAAGACUAAUAAUGAAGACUUUCCAAUCAAUACAGAAGAAAGAAGGUUUUAUAUCAAAUAUUUCUUUUGUGGAUCGGUACCUGACUGUGAGAUCAUGAAGCUAAUAGAGGUUGAUGUUUUAUCUGCGCUGGAAUACUUGAAAUACAGAAAUAUACAUGAAUAUGCAGAUAUUUUAAUAUCAAAGCUAAUUACAUAUAGAAACAGAAGCAGCGAUGUGAUUGUAAUGAUUGAUGAUUUGAAACCAUAUUUAUAUGAGAAGAAAUGGCAUUUAGCGCCAAGGUCAGAUACAGAGCUUUUAAUUUAUGCACACUCAAAGUAUGUCACUCAAUACAUUGAUUAUGUUCAGCAACAGGAAGUUUCAUUUGCAAUGCUAUAUUUCUUAUCUUGUAUGAAACUACCUAUUGAUGUUCUUGGACCGCUAGUGCUAAAUUAUAAGGGUAGCUGCGAGGAGCAUGUGGAAAUACAAUUGGCAUAUAACGAUAGAAGAAUGUUAAAAGAGCGCAUAGGAUAUUUCAUGAAUUCAAAACUAAGUGAGAGUCUGAAAAGGAGAUUGUUGAGUAGUAGAAGCUUUGUUGGAUCCAUGAUAUAUUUUGUGAAUACUGGGCAAGUUGCAAUAAGGAAUAUGGAGUUUUUUGUCUGGUCUAUUUAUCUUAUUUGCAUGGAUUGUAACAAUGCAUCUAAAGCUAGGGAAAUAUACGAAACUUAUGUCAUGAAAGUGGAUAUAGAAACAUUCAAUAAGUUUUAUACUGUAUGCUCAAAGUUAAAGAAUAUGUCACCACGAUAUGCUGAUAGUGAUUAUGCAGAAAAAGACUUGCUUACAAGCAGUAGCCAGCAGAUGCUACAGCUGAUAUGCAAUACAAUUAUAUCAGUACGAGCAGGCGAGAUUGUUGAAGUACAUGCUGAUUUGCAUAUGUUCUACGAAAGCGCUGGAUCCAUAUAG